AUGUCUUCUUUCUUCAAAUUCAAAUUCAACAACUUUCUAGACAUUGCAAAGAGUCCUGAGGUUUUUGAUUGGAUGAUGAGUAUGAGAAGGAAGAUUCAUGAGAAUCCUGAACUGGGUUAUGAAGAAUUUGAGACAAGUAAACUGAUAAGAUCAGAAUUGGAUAAAAUGGAUAUACCUUAUAAACAUCCAGUUGCAAUCACUGGUGUCAUUGGUUACAUAGGAACUGGUUUGCCUCCUUUUGUUGCUUUACGAGCUGAUAUGGAUGCUCUUCCCAUUCAGGAAAUGGUUGAGUGGGAGCAUAAGAGUAAAGUAGCUGGAAAGAUGCAUGCAUGUGGUCAUGAUGCUCAUGUUACCAUGCUACUUGCUGCUGCAAAGAUUCUCAAACAUCAUGAAAAAGAGAUACAAGGAACAGUUGUUCUUGUUUUCCAACCAGCAGAGGAAGGAAGUGGAGGAGCCAAGAAGAUUAUUGAAUCUGGAGUAUUAAAAAGUGUUACAGCUAUCUUUGGAUUGCACGUUGUUCCUGAACUGCCAGUAGGUGAAGUGGGAUGUAAGUCUGGUCCAAUAUUAGCAGGAAGUGGCAGCUUUGAAGCAAAAAUAAGGGGAAAAGGAGGUCAUGCUGCUGUUCCUCAACACUCUAUAGAUCCCAUAUUGGCAGCUUCCAAUGUGAUCAUUAGCCUACAGUACCUCGUUUCUCGUGAAGCCGAUCCUUUGGACUCGCAGGUUGUGACGGUUGCAAAGUUCCAAGGAGGUAGUACAUUCAAUGUCAUUCCAGAUUAUGUCACAAUCGGUGGAACCUACCGAGCUUUUUCUAAACAAAGCUUCAACCAUCUGAGACAGCGUAUUGAACAGAUUAUUGUCGGUCAAGCUGCUGUGCAUAGAUGCAAUGCAACGGUGGAUUUCCUUGAUGAUGUGAAACCUAGCUAUCCUCCAACUGUAAACGAUAGUAACUUGCAUGAGCAUUUUGUGAAUGUUGCAGUGAAUAUGCUUGGUAUCAAUAAAGUUAAUAGUGCAGUGACACCAUCCAUGGGAGCUGAAGAUUUUUCUUUCUACCAAGAGGUCAUGCCUGGUUACUUCUUCAUGCUUGGAGUGCAGAAUGCCUCACAUAACCCGUCCGAGUCAUCAUUACAUUCACCUUAUCUCGAAAUCAAUGAAGAUGGUUUUCCUUAUGGAGCUGCACUUCAUGCAUCAUUAGCUUCUACUUAUCUUCUAAAACAUCAGCAAAAUAUGCCUGGUGCUACUGAUACCAAAUAUCAUGAUGAAGUAUAA